CUACUAUGUUGAGUAUGUGCAAACCGUUGUAUAUUUAUGUAAAUAAAGACAAGUUCGUUAACUUCUUAGUUAACCAGAAAAGUUAUAAUUCAUUAAUUGUGUCCGGCAAUUUUUGUGGCUGUUAAUUUUUGAUUUAUGUUAUAACAAAAACCACCAUAAGAGACAAUAGUCAGUAAAUCAAAGACGUAGAAAUCCAUAGUAAUGCUUUACUCUUUUGGGUCCAAUGGAAAUUUUCAACUAGGACUUAAUCAUCACGAGGAUGUUGCUGUUCCCACAAAAGUUGGAUUUGCUGGAACUGUAAAAGCAAUUGCUUGUGGCGGAAAUCACACAUUACUGCUGGACAAACAGAAUAAGGUUUGGGCGACAGGUUUAAACUCUAGCCUUCAGUGUGGUCAACCCUUUUGGCAUAAAAAGAAGGCAGUCGAUCAUGUCAUUGGCUUUCAACCAAUACUUACGAGCAUUUGUUGCUCUUUAAUUUCAGCUGGUUGGGAGUUCACUUUAGUCGUUGAUUUGUCCCAAAAAAUGCUAUUCACUUGCGGUGUUGGACCUCAUGGGGAACUUGGUCUAGGUGUGAAGGGACCAAAAUCCUUUUCUCAAGUACCUAUUCCUCUUGAGACUGGUGAAAUAAUUAUUUCAAUGGCAGCCGGACUUAAACACUGGGUCUGUGUUACCAGCGCUGGUCGCUUAUACGGUUGUGGAGACGGGCGAAAGGGGCAAUUGAGUUCAAAGGUCAUAAAUACAGUAUCACAACCUGUACUUAUUGGAGUAUUCCCUGGCGCAAAGAAAGUUGUUUGUGGAGUGCAAUUUACUGGUAUUUUGUUCAAUUCCGGUGAACUCAAAAUACUCGGAAACACGAAAUGGCGCAUAACAGAUGAGUAUGCAGCGUGGGUUGCAAAUGAAGACAACAGGCAGCUUCAGAUUGUUGAUGUUUCAUCAAACUGGUCAACACUGACGCUUCUGACCGAUAAAGGGAAUUGCCUGGCCUUCGGCAGGGGCGACCGUGCACAGAAAGCACAUUCUCGUUUAGAACAACCAGUUCACCAGGUCUCGGGCGGUAGUGAACAUAACAUUGUAUUGUUGGAAACUAGACAAGCAAUAGUUUACGGUUGGAAUGAACACGGGAACGCUGGUCUUCAACAUCGUAAAGAUGUCUAUACGGCAGUCCCACUAAAGCUCGACGCUCCUGUAACGUUGGUUGCAGCUGGCUACGCAACUAGCUGGAUAGUGACAGAAAGCGCAAGUACCGAUAAUAAUUCACCAGCUGUCUAGUUCAUGAACCGAUUUCAAUUGUGAAACAAUAAGCUAUCAGAAGAGUAAAUGAGUUGUUUAGUGUGCUAAGCAACGAUUGACAAAUAUCAAUGAAGGAGAAGGGAAAGCUGUUCCUGUCUCUUAUGUGCGCAAAUAGAAAAGACUGUACUUAUGCACGCUUCCUCAUCAAGAGAAAUUAGCGUGUAAAAAAUAAAAGGAAGGAGUUAAUAGCUGUGCUGCAGUUUCUUUUUUUUUUUUUCGUAAUGAAUUCGUAUUCUAAGCAGGCCCAAUGUAGUGCGCAAG